AUGCCAGGAGAGGAAGAAUGGUCAAAACCGCUCAGAGGUAGAAGCAGGAACCGUUGGUAUUUCCCCAGCAAGUACCUACAUAUGGAUUUUAGUCCACGCCACUACCUCGCCAUGCAGCUAAGACGUCUAGAGGCAAAAACAAACCACCAAUCUAUCAAGGAUCUGUGGGACACUGUAAAACUCUUUCAAGACCGAAAAGAUUCUAUAGAGACGUUUUUGAAGGAUGUGGAUGUGAAAACUUUCAGGAAAUCUACAGUACUACAGGAUGCGCAUGACCUCUUGCAAGUAUUAGGAGGGAAAACACCUCAGCCCCUCAAACUCGGGUCUAACACAAGAGAUGGCCGUGAUAAAGCGUCUUUCGGGCCAUUCCUUCAGUACGCACUAAGUGUGAUGGAGCACAGAGCCGACUGCGUCGUUGCAACCGAGAUCAGGCGAAAACAACAAUUGCGACGAGUGCUUGCGAUGGAUACCAACAUAGUGCAAACAUUAGCUACGAGAAAUCGAUUCGUGGAUGCAUUGUAUCUUAGGAGACGUGCGUAUUAUCUGGAAAAACUCUCCAGAAAGAAACCGGUUGGUGAAACGAUACAGAAGUACCGCAAACACUUCACCGUCCAUCCAGAUCAUAAAAUAUUGUGGCCAGACAACAAAGGUGUCUCUCAACAUAGUUGGCCCUCUAAGUAA